AGCAACGCCAACAGGCUACUUGAUUCUUGUUCGGCUUCCGAUGUCCGGAUCAUCUUCUGUUUUACUCUUUUUCAGCAGUCUUGCCCGACAGACCAUUUCCAUUUGAGCGCAUAAAGCAUUCAUCACCAAUGGUUUAGUAUUGUCGACACUUCUAUUUCGAACCCUUCAGCAUCUUCUUCUUCUAGGAAGGUCCAAAAUCAAAAGACAUCGACGCAACCAGGACUAUGUCGCCGCACUGCAACUGCAAGAGCUGCAGCGCAAAAAUGUCGCUGGGCGCGAGGAGCCGCGGUGGAAAGAUUGCAUCUGUGGCAGUUGGUUCUGCUGCGUUACUCCACCAAGAUAAUCUCCUUCCGGUACACCCUGGCAUGAAAAUACUACAAGUAGAUGCAGCUUCUGCGCAUGAAGAUUUUUCUACCACCCCGGCCAAGAACAGCAAGAAGCAAAAAACGCUUCUCGCCAAGAAAAAUAAUAUCUCCUCCGCGUCCAGCACGACCACGAAGAUCACGACAACCUGGAGCAGACUGAAAGCGAGCUUUUUGGCGAAGAAAGUACAAAAGCACAAGCAGCGUUGCAGCGGCGAGGACGAAGAUCAUAGCGCGACACGCGGCACCACAGGAGGAGCCUCUACUAGCACCACCGUGGCGAAAGUGGCGCCCCCGAUUUUCGACGCGCCUCCUUCUUUGUACUACUCCAGCAAUCUCGCGUGCACGGCCGCGGACGGCGGGGACACGCGGAAGUGCACGCCGAAGGGCAACAUCCAGUGCCACCAGGGGACGACCGAGGGGGCGUGGUGCGACGAGAGUGAAAAGGCGUCGUGCAACGAAAUGGGCGCCGCGUCCGACCGGGCAACGGACGCCGACUCGGCCGACACGGGCUUCGGCUUCAUGUGCCCGCACAUGAUGAUCGGCAGCUCCGAGUUGAUCGCGGCGGCGCAGGCGGACGGGCUGGACCCGAGCGUGCACGCCUAUGGCGUUGCGACCUUCGACAAACUGAAGUGCGGGCAGUGCAUCGAAGUGCGGAACCGGUUGGCCGGCCAGGAGCCGCGCACCAUCAACGCCCUGAAGCGCGCGCCCGUUCUCACGGUCCAGAUUUUCAACUCGGUGGCGGAGGCGGUGGACAUUUACAUGAGUGUUGGGGGCCUUGGCGCCCACAACGGCUGCCACGCGGUGGGGGGCUACACCCAGAAGGCCUCGCAGUACCACGCCUACCCCGUGGGGGCGAACCAGGAGUGGCUGCAGUAUCUGCACGAACACCACGGCUACAAGGAAGCGAACGUCGAUCUUCAGCCCACGGUGAUGGACGCCGUCAUCGCCAAUCAGGGGGGCAUCCGGGGCGGCAGGUCCUACGCCGAGUGCGCGGACGCGGCCCUGCAGAGCGGGAAGGAUUGGAACCACGUGCUGAACCAGUGCUGCCCGGACGGCAACGGCUGCAACGGGGGCGGGGGCAUCUGCAUCCGCGACAAGGCCGCCUGCGACGUCAUGUUUCAGGGGAAAAGCGUAUCAAAUGUAAAAAUGUCUGGGUCUGGAAGAAUCCAAACUUGUGAUGCUGCAUUUGGAUUCCAAAAAAAUCUGUAUUGCAUGACCAGCAAAGGGAAUGCAAUUUUGGCUACGCGGAGAGGGCGUUUGUCAUGCGGAAUAGGUAUCACGAAGCCCUCAAAAAGUCUGUGAUGCUAGGGCAUGCAUCACAGACAUCAUGGCCCAUGCAAAACUAGGGCAGAUCACAAUACAGGGCCACCCUCGUUUUCACCUCCAGGGGGGGCGCGGGGACCUCGCUUGCCAUCUAGCUUGUUUCCACGCAUGAGUUUUUGCAUGUUCCAAGUCCUAGGACUUUCAUGGGCUCACGCACAUCCGAGAUCGGGGGGGUAGGAGGGGGUCUCCAAGCCAAAAAAAAACCUCCCGAGCGGAAAUAGGGAAUUAUAAGGUGCAAAACGUGCAUGACAAGUCUCAGAAUCUUCCAGACCCAGACAUUUUUACAUUUGAUAAAGCGACCACACGCACCUGAAAGCGUUGGAAUCCUGCCGGUGGACCUUCGACCACGACCUGCAUUGGAACCGCCCCAUUCAGUACGCUCGCGACAUGACUUGCGCUUGCCAAGGAGUUGUUUUGGACGCGUAGAAGUAUCACUUUCUCAAGUAUAGUUUGCAUUCAUUUAUUCUUUUUUUUUAUUUCGUAGUGUGAGCGUGAGGGUAGCGUUACCGUUAGUGUCACCAGUACUCACAACUUCCAGCGAACCAGCAGGAGCAUAAAACAUGCUAAUUCUAUGUGGGGGGGCAGCUCACACUUGUAUGAAGACGCCUAUAGCUUUUGCAGCAACGCCAACAACUACCUAGCGAUCGCAGGCUUCUUGUCUAGACUUGCAUACCGUGUACCGCAUCGUCCCCUGUCCGGCGUCCCUCGUGCGGGUGACCGGCUUGAUGCCGUCCCACAGUCCGCCCAUGCCCGCUGGACCAGAAGAUGGGUGGCAGGACUCGAGAACGACCACGAUGGAGGACUGCUCGCUUCCCACCUGCUCCAGGUCUCCAAACACCAACAACACGCCCGACCCGCCAGGCUACCAGAAGUGGCACAACGCGAUGUACAGCUGCGACGUUUUCGGCGAAGUGCUGACCAUGAAAAACCGGAAAACCAAUCUCGACACCUGCGUGGACACCAGUGACGCGUUUUCCGCAUGAGGAUGUGGAGAGGUAGCUUGUUUUCUAUCUGUGAGCAGUUUUGAAUUCAUUUGUGAAUGUACCAGUUUCAGUUUCAUCACCUGCAUCAUCACUUUUUCAUCUUGUAUCGAUCUGUGUCUCGCUUCCCAUAAUACGAGAAAAUGAACAAUCUUCGACGAGGUGAAAAUUUCUACACCUCGCAAAAGAAUGCGAAAAUGAAAAAACUACAUCCAGUUUGACAAAGCUAGCACAUGUUGAAUAUCAAUACUUCGAUUUCCAUUCCAUGGCAUCAAUGGGAACCUGGGUUCGGUUGUUGCCCAUGCUUACCAUCACACAAUCAUCUGCAGUCUCAAGCUACUAGUAUCGCAAUCAUUUUUAACGCAAUAAUUUUUUCGAAUCUGUGUACUACUACUAACCGAAAAGAGCGACCACAAGAGCUAUCGGCCCCCAGUAAAUUGCAGCGCCGUCGUCCCACGUUUAACUACAUUCGGAUUCGGUCGUCAGCAUCGCAAUAACUUCCAUUUCCAUCAAUGACGGAACUUGUUCUUUCAGCCAUUCACUAUCGGUGUUUCACAAGAAAUAUUGUGACACGCAAGCCCCCCGCAAAGUUUGCUCUUGAAUGAUUUAGUUCGAUUAUGAUUUCCUGUAUCGUCGCGAGCAGACGCAGAUGCAGCUCCGAGACGCCG